AUGGGGAAAGAGUAUAAAAACUAUAAAAAAACAUCCCUUCAUCGUGUGAAGGAUAGGCGGAAAUAUUAUAAGGGUCAUGAAGGGAAGACGGAAGAAAUUAAAAGAGCGCUCGGCCAUAGGGCUAGACUUCGAAAACAAUACUUUAAAAUACUAAGAAAUGAAGGUGAAGACAUUCCUAAUAAAAGUGUCAACAAGGAUAUCCCAGAGCUGUCAGAGAAGUCUGAAGAUAUUGAUGCUCAGGAAGUUGCGACUAAAAAGCCUCUUAGUUAUCAGGAGCGUAUGAACAUAACGAGAAGAAGGAAAGAGAUUAAAAGAGUGGCACGCCUUCAAAAAACUAAACAAAAGAUGCAAAGUAUUAACAAAAAAGAGGAUGAGAGAGCCCAGAAACGCAAAAUGAUUAUGAAGGGCCGGACUAGGAGGGGACAACCGUUGAUGGCACCACGGAUCACCAUCCUGCUUGAAAAAAUAAAAAAAGAAAUGGGGACUAGCUAA